GUAAGCUUUCCUGCAGGACGUUCACUUUAUAGCUGAUAUUUCACUGAAGUGCUUGAAGAACAAUUUCACAAUUCCCUCGUGCUGUAAUCUCGUCUCUGCAAGAGAAAAGUACGGUGCCAUGGCGCAAGCCAAAUCCCCGGAGGAAGAACAUCCAGUAAAGGCCUUUGGAUGGGCUGCUGUGGAUUCAUCUGGGAUUCUUUCCCCUUUCAAUUUCUCCAGAAGGGAAACAGGAGAACACGAUGUGAAAGUGAAGAUUUUGUUUUGUGGAAUCUGCCACUCGGAUCUUCAUCAGGCUAGAAAUGAAAGGGGCAUUACCAAGUACCCCAUUGUCCCGGGGUUAGAUUUUCUCCCUUUUUUCCCUGUGCCCAUACUACAUCUAUUUUGGAUGAUCAUGGAUAGAACUGAAACGAGUCCAGAACAAUAGUAUUGUUUUUGCUUUUAUAGAAAACAAAUUGGGACUUUCUUUAGUUAAUUCUGGUUUUUAUCUGAGUUCCCGUUAAUUGACUGCAAUUUUCAACUAAGGAUACCUAGCUGACUUUGUACUAGUUAGAUUCGCUAGAGACAUAUUUAUGGAUAGAUUUUCUGUAUGAUAGAACAGGUGUAUGAUCCUUUGCUGUUACAUCUUAAGAUUGUCGUGUGUGGAGUAGAUGAUAAGAUUUUCCUGAUGAAUAGAACAAGCUAUGUUUAUUUGCAUCGUAGUCUACGCUAAUGAAGCCUUAAGAGUAGCUCAGUUGCCUUGUGCAUUUCCGAUCACAUAGACCAAUGAUAUGGAUUCCUCACAAAGAUUUGGUUAAGUCUCAAACUUCCUGUUCUGUAGUUGUUUUGAAGGGUGACACGAUUUCCAUUAGUACGGGAAGAAAAUGAUAAUUUGGAUUCUAACAUCCAAAUGAUCCAUUUUGAUGAAUACUAUCAUUGGCAUUAGUACAUCAUUGUACUUAAAACGGGUUUCCUGCCUUUCUGUGCCUCCAGUUUCAAAUGGUGGGGCAAGUUGUGUUCUAGUAUUACCAAGUUGAUGAAGCAAAUAAUAUUAAUAUAAAUUUUGUUUGGCUGAUUUUGAAAUUUUGUUUGACGAACAGACAUGAGAUCACGGGUCUAGUAGCAGAGGUUGGGAGCAAGGUCACUAAAUUCAAAGUGGGUGACAAGAUUGGUGUUGGAGUGAUGGUUGGAUCAUGCACCUCAUGCGAGAGAUGUAACAGUAAUGAAGAGCAACAAUGUUCAAAGGGAUUCGUACCCACCUAUAAUGGUACUUACUUGGACGGAACACGUACAUAUGGAGGGUACUCUGACACCAUCGUUGUGAAUGAACGUUUCACUAUCCGCUGGCCAGAAAGUCUUCCACUGGAUUCUGGAGCUCCGUUACUCUGUGCCGGGAUUACAACUUACAGUCCCCUUAGGCAUUUUGGUCUUGACAAGCCAGGCAUGCAUAUUGGUGUUGUGGGGUUAGGUGGGCUCGGCCAUGUAGGCGUGAAAAUAGCAAAAGCAUUCGGGGCAAAAGUGACAGUGAUUAGUACAUCUGCUGCUAAGCGAGACGAAGCUAUUACAAAUCUCGGUGCUGACUCAUUCUUGCUCAGCAAUGAUCAAGAUCAAUUGCAGGCUGCUGCACAAACUAUGGAUGGUAUUAUAGAUACUGUAUCUGCAACUCAUCCUAUCUUACCAUUGAUUAGUCUAUUGAAGUAUGAUGGGAAGCUUGUCCUGCUUGGUGCCGUUAAAUCCCUUGAGUUGCCUGCUGCUGCAUUACUUAUAGGGAGGAAGAUGGUGUGUGGGAGUGGCAUUGGUGGGAUGAAAGAGACACAAGAGAUGAUUGAUUUUUGUGCUAAGAACAACAUAACAUCUGAUGUGGAAGUUGUUCCCAUGGAUUAUGUAAACACUGCCAUGGAUCGUCUCGCUAAGGCUGAUGUUAGAUACCGAUUUGUUAUUGAUGUUGGUAACACAUUGAAUGCUGCCUAAUCUCAGUUGUCUAAGAUGCAGUUUCUGGCUUUUCUUGAGUGUGAUUUUCUCAGCUCCUUUUCUCUGUUCUCCAGUUGGAUGAAACUGUUAUUUAUAUCUAGGCAUAUGAUCCGUAUACAUGGGGAAUCCAAUAAAGUACAGCUAUGAAUAAAUCAGCUGUCUCGUUUUUUUUUUUUCCUUCUUGAGCAUUGCCUUCGAGGCUGUAAAAGGAGCUUGUAUAUUGUAAAAUUACAUUUCGAUCAUGCUUGUCUCAUAGAAGUCCUAAUCAAUUUUCUGAAGUUCCAGUUGAAAAGUUUAACUUUGUG